AUCUCAAACGAAAAGUAUAAAUUUAUCUUCUUAAACGUUUUUAAAAAAAUUAUUCAAAAUUCCGAAAAAUCCGAGAAAAACCCCCAAAACAUCGACACGUACAGCGUCGUCAACUGGUGGAGGCGGUGGUGGCAGCAGUAAAAUGGCUUCAAAAAGAAAAGCUUCGGUGCUUUUGCAUAAGCCAGCCAGCCAGGAUGGCUCAAAUGAAAUCAUACCACCAACCAUACCAACGCCGAGUGAAACCACCAACUCUUCCGAUACCAACACGGAGGGCGAUGCCUAUGCUGGUCUCAUGAAAGAUGCCGACAAACUAAAACUCAUGCUACUGGCCUGGAAUUAUCAGAACUCCAAUGCGGUACGCAAUGGCACUGAAGGACCCGAUUUGGCAGUUGUAGGUGGUCUAUGGGCGCAAUAUCAAAAAAAUGCUUUAGCACAAAGUGCAGCAGCUGCAUCGGGUAAUAAACUUGAUGCUUCGCUGUCACCUGUUCCCAGAGAAACAAAUCCCUCACCCAUGGAAACACAAGAUGAGACUAACUCAUCGGGUCAAAAGGAGGAGGAUGAGGGUUCGGAAGAUGACUCGGAUGACAAAAUAGAUAAAAAUUUGCAGUCACAUGAUCCAGAAAGAUUAAAGGCUUUUAAUAUGUUUGUACGUUUAUUUGUGGACGAAAAUCUAGAUCGCAUUGUACCCAUCUCUAAACAGCCUAAAGAAAAAAUCCAAGCCAUUAUUGAUUCAUGCGCCCGUCAAUUUCCCGAAUUUAGUGAUCGUUCACGCAAACGUAUACGCACAUAUUUAAAGUCUUGCCGGCGUAAUAAGAAAACCAGAGAUGGUUGGGAGAAUACGACCCGCCCCACACCAGCCCAUCUAACUUCCGUACAAGCCGAACAAAUCCUAGCCAUUGCUUGUGAAAACGAAUCCCUUAAUGCCAAACGCAUGCGCAUUGGUUUAGAGCCCAUUACUCAUGCCAUACCCGCUCCCGGUUCUGCAGUAGCUGCUGCCGCCGCCGCUGCUGCUGCAGCAGCUGCCGCUGUAGCGGCCACCACUAGCUCAGCAGCCUCUAUUGGAGGUGCCAGCACUUCGUCCACCGUUACUUCAGCCUCUGCCAAUGAUGGUUCAAAUGCCGCCACUUCAGCUGCUUUAACCUUUUGGCCACCGGCACGGGCUUUGCUCGUUCUAACCCCCAAUUCAGAUACAGCUGAACCUUUGUCUCUGACCCGGCUUGCUGCGGUUGCUGCUGCUGCCGCCGCUGCAGUGGCUGCUUCCUCUAGUGUCGGCAGUGGUGGCAUCAAUUCAAAUCGUAGUUCUCCUUUAGCUUUAAGUUCAAAUGCCAGUGCUUCGGGCAUGAAAUUAAAACCAUUGGCAACGACUUUAGCCAAUGGUAACAGUGGCGCUAAUGGCACGGCUACUGGUCUAACUGGUAUGCCGGCAACAAGUCCUCUCUAUAGACCAACAGAUUUUACAUCACCCAGUGGCGCCUCACCAUUUGUCGCAGCUGCGGCGGCUGCAGUGGCGGGUCGUACGCCAACAUAUCCAGCCUAUUUUCCGGGUGUUGGCACUUUAGGAAAUGUUACACCUACCGACCUUUCCAUGAAGCCUUCCUCCUCCACCAUCAACACACCCAUCACCUCAACCACCGUCAGCACUAUGAAUACGAACACCAAUAAUGGCAACAAUAUAAAUACCCUGGCAGCCCUUAACCAACUAAAUGUCAAUACAAAUCUAAACAAUGGCAAUGUGAACAAUACUAAUGUACUGGCCACAGCCACCCAACAGCUGCAGCAAUUGCAACAGGCCCAACAGCAGCAGCAACAGCAACAACAGCAGCAACAACAGCAGCAGCAACAACAACAGCAACAACAACAACAGCAGCAGCAACAACAACCGAUUUUAGGAAAUUUAAGUAACAAUAACAUGGAUUUAAAUGCUGUCCGAGCACCACCCUUGUUGCCACACAAACUGAGUCCCAAUGAGAUAACGGCUGCGCGUCAAGUGAUUUCUGCCUAUCGAGAAAGUGCUGCUUUCCUGCUGCGCACAGCAGAUCAAGUAGAGCAAUUGCUGGUGCAGCAACAGUAAGUGUGGGUUUUAUCCAAGUGGAUGGAGGAGAUGUGGCUCAUGAAUAGACAUUAUGAUUUUUA